AUGCCUCAGAGCAUUUAUGCUUUUACAAACAAAAAUAACGGAUCAGAAUUAACAGCUGCUACUGUGACCUCACAUCACUGGGUAGGACCCUGAAAUCACAUCUCCUGGUAAAGAAAAAAAUUUUUUUUCCUUUGUCCAGAAGUUAUUUUCCUCUUGACUAAAGGUUUCCCCUUAGGGAAGAAAUUACUAUAAAAUUUUGCCUCCUACCCUUUCUUGUUAUCUACCAAAAUCAAAACACUUCGAAAAAAUGAUGAUAGCUUUCUGAACACUCUAUGUCCUCCCUGUCUCCUGUUGAUUCACAGACCUAAUAUCAGGUAUUCAUCAACUAGUCUCAAUUUCCUGAACACAUUCAUUGUAGCAUUCAUUGUCACCAUUAUCUCCCUGCUUCAAAAUGUGCAGGAUCUACUUGGUAAUAACCUUGGGAAAGCUCCGGCUUAAUGAAUGACGUGGGCUUUUAGAGGGUCAGAUCAAUAAAUUGGAUUUUUCAUUUUUUAGGGCAGCUACACUCAGUGUUUUUAAUAAAGAAUCUUAAAUAAGAAUGUUGACAGCUCUCAUGGUAAGCCAUUGGCAGAAAACUGAUCUGCAUGUCCUAGACCAGUGUUUAGGAACUAUUGUCUGGCUUGGGGAGCCCAGCUGGUCAUCGGUUCUUCCCUUAGCACUCAGAGAUGCCAAGUUCAGGGUGAACAUUUCACAUUUCUUGGUGCUUUAGGGAGAAAUAGAGUCUGUGUGCUUACUGGGGAGUCCCAAAAGGCAGGGACCAUUUUCAUUUAUUACAAACAUAGAUAGAUAUCUUGCACCAUUCACAAUGCUUAUGUACAGGGCUACUUGAGGAGUUUACAUUUUGUGGGGAGAGGCCUGAAGGUGCCAUGACCACCACUUUCUCCCUUUUGUACCAUCUGCUGUCUCUUGAGAGUACGUCCCGUGGUCUUUACUCUUCCAGGGUUGAGAGCAACUCAUUUCCCCCUUGAAUCUACUCAGUCUUUUUGAAAUUGUGCCUUGUUCUUUAUAUGGCAGCAUUUGGCAGUUUUAAUCUUCAACUGCCUCCUUUUUUGCAGAGAAAAUGACACCCAUUAGAAUUUAUCUAAGAACACUGACUAACAGGAUUUAUGCUUAAAAUCCAAGGUAUCACCGCAUAUUGAAGGCUGGGAUUUCAAGAGUCCUUGAACUCUGAGCUGAAACUUUUACACAGAGGGAGUUUGGCAGGGAAGAUGCUUGGUUUUUAAUUCAGAAUCCUAUUUAUAUACUGUUAAAAUUUGAGGUACUGUAGUUUAUGUAAAAGUUGGAUAUUUAGAUAUUAUAUUUCAGUUCUAGGAGCUUUGCAGCCAUUAACAUGACACAUAAUAUGAUGAAAAUGAUUGUCAGUAAAUUAUCAUAUUGAGGUUUUUGUUUAUUUUGUAGUGUUUCUGUAUUUAUCUGCACUUUUUGUAUAUAUACAUACACACAUAUAUAUGCCAUCAUGUAAAUAACCUCAUGUUAUUCCUAAUCUAAAUUGCCACAUUAUCGUUAAUGUAUGUUUAUACUGUGUUAUAAAUUACAUUAAAAAUAAACAAUGUAAACACGUUUUAAUUUAGUCUCUGUGCUUGAAGACUCACUGUGUGUGUUGAAGGACAACUGUCUUGGCUUCCUGUAGAGAAAAACCAAGGUUUCUAGUACUGUAAGUGAUCAUUUCGGGUGUGGCUAAGUAGAAAAUCAUAGCAGAAUUUGGUGACCUUUUUGUGACAAAUUUGGGAGUGAUUAUGUGAGUAUUAUGCAAGAUUAGGAAAAUGUUAAUGUUGGUACCUAUUAAUAAUGCAGGCAUCUAAGGAGGAGAGAGGUAAGUGGGCCAUAAGCAAAAUAUUAAAUAUAGCAGGCACGCAGGCUUACCUGAAAAUAUAUCUUUGUUAUGAAAGAAGAACCAGCACACAAAUACCUCCUUAGAUUUGUAUUAGUUUUAUGACUCCAUUGGUCACUAUUUGACUUAUAGGUAAAAUUUUGCUUUUUCUGUAUUAAAGAAUCAUGUGUUUAUUUUGUGUUGCAAAAUGGAUUAUCAGAGUGCAGUAAAUCACCUUUCCAAACUAAGCCUUGACCAACCUUUCCAACUAAGGUUGACCAUAGCGCAUAUACACCCUGGUUUGCUCAAAUAGAUUGUAUUUUCCAUCAGUAUCAGAAGAGAGGUGAAAAAUUCAUGACACAGAGCUGUUAAGAGAAAAUAGUGUUAUUCUAGUAUAUAUGGUUAAGCAGAAAAAGACUGUUAGGGUAGGUAGUAGAGAUCAUUCUGGAUGGAGCUACUAUUUAAGAAUGUUGGGUUAGAAGGGAUUGACCUGGAACCCCUUAUAACUGAUAUUUUAGAAAUAAUAAAAACAAAUUAGCUUCCAAUGACCAAAGCUGGAAUGAUUUGAACAAAUAAAAUAAGUGACGGAUGAUUGGAUUAUAGUCCAAAGCAUAAAAUUGGUGUCCAUGAAUCCACAUUGACAUAAAUAAAUGACAAUAAAUUUAUGUAAAAAAAUGGAGAAGAGACACAUUUCUUUAGAUAAAUAUUCCAAAUCAUAAUUGGAAUUGUAGUUACUCCUCCCUCUAGGAGGUAGCAUUUAAGCCACUCUUGCUUUCAGGUGGGUUAGACGUAGUAACUCACUUCCAAAAAGUAGAGUAUGGACAACUCUAUAGAAAAGAAACCUGGUAGGCACUGUCUCAGCCAGGUGGUAAAAGUUGAUGCCAUCACUGAUACCAUGUGGUUGACUUGUACCCAUGAUAUGAAGAGCACUUUACCUCCAUGAUAUUCUUUUCCCAAACUUACAACUCCAGGGUGACCGUGAAAAAAGCAUCAGACACACCCAGAUUGAGGACAUUCUACAGGAUAGUUGUGAGCCCAGUACUCCUCAAGACUGUUAAGUUCAUAAAAAAUAACAAAAUACUGAGAAACUGCCACAAAUCAGAGAAGACUCAGGGGACAGGACAAUGAAAUGCAGUGUGGAUCCCUGGAUUGCAUCUGGGAACAGAAAGAAGACAUUAAUGGAAAACAGUAACCUAAAAAUUGGCCACAGAAUCAUGACAUAAACUGGGAACACCUUAUAUCAUUUUUGGAAUUUAAGUUGCUUUUUUAUUCAAGACUUAAAUACUUGUUUCCCCAUUAAAUUGUGAUCUCUGGGUA